AUGGCUGGUAGAAACGAUGCUGCAAUUGCUGCUGCUUUGGAGGCUAUGGCGCAGGCUUUGGCAAAUCAGCCAAAUGCUGAUGAGAAUGCAGGAUCUCGCAGUUUAGCAACCUUCCAGAGAGAGAAUCCGCCGGUCUUCAAAGGCAAGCAUGACCCUGAUGGUGCAUUGGAGUGGUUGAAGGAGAUUGAGAGGAUAUUCCGUGUGAUGGACUGCACUCAGGCGCAAAAGGUUCGGUAUGGAACUCAUAUGCUGGCAGUCGAAGCUGAUGACUGGUGGUUAGAGACUCGUCAGAGAUUGGAAGUUGCUGGUGAAGAGAUCACUUGGAUUGUUUUCCGCAGAGAGUUUCUGAGGAAGUAUUAUCCUGAAGAUGUUCGGGGUAAGAAGGAAAUUGAGUUCCUUGAGCUAAAACAGGGGAAUAUGUCAGUGACAGAGUAUGCUGCAAAGUUCACUGAGUUGGCUAAGUUCUACCCGUACUAUGAAGGAGCAGGUGCUGAAUUUUCAAAGUGCAUCAAGUUUGAGAAUGGGUUGCGCUCAGAGAUCAAGAAAGCUGUUGGAUAUCAGAAGAUCCGUAUCUUUGUUGAUUUGGUUGAUAGUUGCCGGAUUUAUGAGGAGGAUAGUAAGGCUCACUACAAGAUCAUAAGUGAGAGAAGAGGUAAGCAACAUCAGAACCGUGGGAAGCCUUACAACACCCCAACUGAUAAGGGAAAGAAUAACGCAGUUGAUGCAAAGAAGCCAAGUGGGGGAGGAGCUCCUACCUCGGUCCAAUGCUACAGGUGUGGUGUGAUUGGUCAUCGUGCCAAUGAGUGUCCUAGUGUUGAAAAGAAAUGUUACAAGUGUGGAAAAACGGGACAUCUCCUGGCUGACUGUAAAAGUAAUAUCGUGACUUGCUACAACUGUGGGGAGGAAGGCCAUAUUAGCACUAAUUGUCAAAAAUCUAAGAAGGCUAAGUUUGGAGGAAAAGUCUUUGCUUUGACUGGUUCGCAGACCAACCAAGAGGGAUGA